AACUUUUUUUAUAUUUAUUGGUCAAAUCAUAUUUCUCUUACAUAAAUAGAGAUACAUUAAACAGCAAGUUAAACGUAAAAAGCAGAAAUUUGUCUCCAUAUAUUAUCUAAAAUUUUAUUUCAAGUGAUCUUUAUAAUACAAUCUUUCAUAUUCUAAAAAUAGAACAUGAAUAUUUUUAGUCAAAAUCAAUCACUUCUUUAUCAUAUACUACUCAAAAAUGACAAUUUAUUUAACAUUUCCUAGGUGUAUUUUGUGAGUCAAAAAAGGAUUAGGAAACCCUGCCCCAAUAUGACUCCUUACCUGAGAGAAACGGCAUCUCUGCACCUCACAGCCAGGCCAAGCCCUGUUAAUAUACUCUCCCAUGCACACAACCAGAGUUCCUUAUUUAUAUAGUGUCUCCAAGCACCCAAGAGUCCGCCAGUUCUAAAGGGAAUUCAUCACUGUCAUCAGCUGGCCCUGGGUCUCCAUGGGUACUGUGCCUGUCUCCUGGGCAUGGCUUUUGCUGAACGUUACCACCCAUCUUCAACACAAAUACUCCUUCAAGAGACAGGCCAGGCCUGGGUUGGGGCUAGAGGUACAGAGACAUCUGGGACCCAGGUCCUGCCCUAAGGGGCACCGCACAGAUUACAGGAUGGUGUGAUAACUGGUGACAGUUAUAACUCGAACUCAACUGGGGCUGGUGUCUGAGAAGCUUGAGCUCAGUGUAGGGGCAGGAAAGUACUCCUGGAGGAGGUGAUGCAUGAUUAGGAGCCAGGCCCCCUAGAGGCGACGAUGUUCCAAACAUCAGGCUCGGCCUGUGCAAAGGCCAUGGGCGUCUAAGACAAUGACGUGGGGGACUGAGCCCAGCUCACUGGAAGCAGAGCAGGCUACACUGACCUGGGGGCGUCUAGGCCUUCACUGCUUUCUACGUCCUCUGACCCAUCCCCAUCAGAAUCUCAACAGACUCGUCACCUCCAGGGCCUGCACUGCUCUCCCAUCGCUGCCCAACUUCUCUCGUUCCCUAGGGAUGUUCAAGUCUGCCAACAUUCAGAGGGCAGGGCCUGCUGGCAUGCCCCAGGGUGAGGCUGUGCCCAGCGAGUCCCUCCUUUCGUGUCUCACAGUAGCCUGAGCCUGCAGAGCUGGCUCUCUAGCAUCUAGCUAGAGACGGUUUGACCACAGUUCCCUGCGACCCAUGAUUCACUUUCGAGGGUACCCACAAGAGAUUUGUCUGCUCCUCCAGACGCCGCCCAAUCGGGUGAAGCGUCUGGCCCUGAGUCAGGAUGCUGGGGUGCUGGCCGUCUCAGCUACCCACUCCUUUGCAACCCCAGGCAAGCAAGCUCGUUCUCUCUUCCCGGCCAGGGGCUUUCUAGAUGAAAUCAGCUGCACCCCUUUACUCUCAGGGACCUAAAAUUUCGGCGACCAUGUGGAGCCGUAAACCCUUCUGCCUCCUGUCCUCCCAGCCCCGCACCCACCUGGCGUUUUCGUGUCACGGAACCUCUGCACGUGCUCUUCUCGAGGCCUAGAGUCCCUCUCUCCCUCUGGCCAACUCCUAUUUCAUCCCUCACAGACCCAACUCGAACGCCAUCAUCCCCGGAAAGCGGGGAUUCCUCCCUUCAGUCUCUGCUUCCUUAUCUUGCUGUCCUGCUGCGCCGCGCCCUCAGUGUACGCGCAGAGCUCGGGGCUGAGGGCCUCUGGGUCCCUGGCUGGGCGCGCGGCCAGGAGCGCGGCGGCCUGGGAAGCAUCAGCGGCUCUCGAACUCGGCCCGGGCGCGGCGGGGUUAAGAGACCCGGGCCUUGAGGGUCCCGCCUCCGGAGCGCUCCAUCCGCGUGGGGGAAGCCGCCCCGGAGGCUCCGACCUCGCUCCUGCUUAUGACCCUCGCAGCCACAGGAGCCCCCACUUAGGUGAACAUUUCGGACGGGGCCCCGGCGGUUCAGACCCGGAGGCGGCUCCUCCCGGAGGCAGCUCCUCCCGGCGUCGGCCUUCGGUCCUCCCCGCCAAAGCCCUCUUGGGACAAGUCGGGGAUUCCCCGCCGCCGCCCGCCCCCUGGCGUCAAGGAGUCCCCGCGAGGCCCCGCCCCGGCCUGGCGCCGUCCUGGGCAGGAGGAACGCGCCGCUAGGCGGGAGAGCGCGGCCAUGGCGGGGCCGGGCGUCCCCGGUGCCCCCGCAGCGCGCUGGAAACGCCACAUCGUGCGGCAGCUGCGGCUUCGGGACCGUACGCAAAAGGCGCUUUUCCUGGAGCUGGUGCCGGCCUAUAACCAUCUCUUAGAGAAGGCUGAGCUGCUGGACAAGUUCUCAAAGAAGCUGCAGCCGGAGCCAAACAGUGUCACUCCCACCACCCACCAGGGCCCCUGGGAGGAGUCAGAGCUUGACUCAGACCAAGUCCCAUCACUGGUCGCACUGAGGGUGAAGUGGCAGGAGGAGGAGGAGGGGCUCCGGCUGGUCUGUGGUGAGAUGGCCUACCAGGUGGUGGAGAAGAGCGCGGCCCUGGGCACCCUGGAGUCGGAGCUGCAGCAGAGGCAAAGCAGGCUGGCAGCCCUGGAGGCCCGCGUGGCGCAGCUGCGAGAGGCGCGGGCGCAGCAGGCCCAGCAGGUGGAGGAGUGGCGGGCGCAGAAUGCGGUGCAGCGGGCAACCUACGGGGCGCUGCGCGCGCACGUCGGGCUCCGGGAGGCGGCACUGCGCAGGCUCCAGGAAGAGGAGCGCGACCUGCUGGAGAGGCUCGUGCAGCGCAAGGCGCGCGCCGCGGCCGAGCGCAACCUGCGCAACGAGCGCCGGGAGCGGGCCAAGCAGGCGCGGGUGUCCCAGGAGCUGAAGAAGGCUGCCAAGCGGACCGUGAGCAUCAGCGAGGGCCCGGACACCCUAGGCGAUGGGAUGAGGGAGAGAAGCGAGACUCUGGCUCUGGCCCCUGAGCCAGAGCCCCUGGAGAAGGAAGCUUGUGAGAAGUGGAAGAGGCCCUUCAGGUCUGCCUCAGCCACCUCCCUGACGCUGUCCCACUGUGUGGAUGUGGUGAAGGGGCUUCUGGAUUUUAAGAAGAGGAGAGGUCACUCAAUUGGGGGAGCCCCUGAGCAGCGAUACCACAUCAUCCCUGUGUGUGUGGCUGCCCGACUUCCUACCCGGGCUCAGGAUGUGCUGGAUGCCCACCUCUCUGAGGUCAAUGCUGUUCGUUUUGGCCCCAACAGCAGCCUCCUGGCCACUGGAGGGGCUGACCGCCUGAUCCACCUCUGGAAUGUUGUGGGAAGUCGCCUGGAGGCCAACCAGACCCUGGAGGGAGCUGGUGGCAGCAUCACCAGUGUGGACUUUGACCCCUCGGGCUACCAGGUUUUAGCAGCAACUUACAACCAGGCUGCCCAGCUCUGGAAGGUGGGGGAGGCACAGUCCAAGGAGACACUGUCUGGACACAAGGAUAAGGUGACAGCUGCCAAAUUCAAGCUAACGAGGCACCAGGCAGUGACUGGGAGCCGCGACCGGACAGUGAAGGAGUGGGACCUCGGCCGUGCCUACUGCUCCAGGACCAUCAAUGUCCUUUCCUACUGUAAUGACGUGGUGUGUGGGGACCAUAUCAUCAUUAGUGGCCACAAUGACCAGAAGAUCCGGUUCUGGGACAGCAGGGGGCCCCACUGCACCCAGGUCAUCCCUGUGCAGGGCCGGGUCACCUCCCUGAGCCUCAGCCACGACCAACUGCACCUGCUCAGCUGUUCCCGAGACAACACACUCAAGGUCAUCGACCUGCGUGUCAGCAACAUCCGCCAGGUGUUCAGGGCCGAUGGCUUCAAGUGUGGUUCUGACUGGACCAAAGCUGUGUUCAGCCCGGACAGAAGCUAUGCACUGGCAGGCUCCUGUGAUGGGGCCCUUUACAUCUGGGAUGUGGACACCGGGAAACUGGAGAGCAGACUUCAGGGACCCCAUUGCGCUGCUGUCAAUGCCGUGGCCUGGUGCUACUCCGGGAGCCACAUGGUGAGCGUGGACCAGGGCAGGAAGGUUGUGCUCUGGCAGUAGGGCCACGACCUGCCUGCCUGGGCUGGAGCUCUUGCCCGAAGCCUGAAGCUUCCUUCGGCGCCAUGCAGGGGUUGGGGUUGGGACUGGAGCUGGCCUUGGGAUUUAAUGGGGAAGAAGGCCUGGCAGGACCUGGCCUGUUUGUUUAAAAAUGAAGUAUGGGUUGGGGGAUUACGCUAGUUUUUCUUUGUAUUUUUAUCUCUAUCUCCUCACCUUUUCUCCCAAAGUAGAAAAAAAUGAUAUCUGAACUG